UCUACAGCUUUGCCUUCCUCAAUCCUUUCUGUCAAAAUUAGGGAUUUGGAGGAGUACUAUUUAAAUUGGUUCUAUCUGUUGGGGAUUCUCACUUCUGCAGUCCUCAUUCAUACGUUGUUACAAUCACUUCCAACUCCAUUUCCCCAUCCCGAGAUGUCAGAAUCACAGCUCCCGCCCAACCCGCUUCCUCAGCCCUCCGACCCGGAGCCCAGCCCCACCUACCCGGAAUCCAGCCCGGCCGACCCGCUUCUGGAUACCGAUGCCUACAUCGACGACCCGUGCCGGAAUAGCACGGAUGCCGCCGAAGCCGAGUUGCCCAAGCCGGAGUUCGCGCCGGGCGUCGUGAUUGCGGCUGAGCCUAUCUCGAUGUAUGUCCCGGAGGAGGCCGCGCCUGAGCAGCCCACGCCGCGGACGGCUAGGCGGAGGGAUCCCGAGGAGAUGGCCAAGCGGCCGAGCUGGCUGCCGGAGGACUGGAAGAUUGAGUUGAAACAGCGCGUAUCUGGAGCCACAGCUGGACUCUAUGAUCCAUAUUACUGUGAACCAACGGGGCAACACCGUUUCCGUUCGAAGGUAGAGGUGCUUCACUUCCUGGAAACAGGAAGUAAGCCAACAAAGAGGAAAGCGGCCUCUGAAAGUGAGAGUACUAAGCCUUCGAAGAGUCUGGCUAGCCAACCGAAAAAGAAGUCCGCCACAAAGCGGAAGAAAACAGAGGCGGUUGUUGCUAGCAGUGAACAACCAGCGCCUGCUGUUAAUGGCGCCCAGGAAGAUGCCGCCCAACAGGCAUGAAGUGCGCAGAUGGUAAAGCCAAGCGCGAGCAUGACAGGAUCUCUAACUGAAACUCAGCGCUUGUUUUUAUUACCAUACUUCAGCAUAGAUUCUGUUGGUAGACAUUUGCUUAUGUAGGCUUAAAACAUUAUUUUGCCAUUGUUUGUGGUUCAAUUUGAACUAGAUUAGACUUUUCAUUUUUAGGUCUGUGGAAUGUGAAGAGAGCUCUUCUGUAUUUUCCAAUUGAAAUUAUUUUGGGAAGCCCUCUUCAAAGAUAGUUUGUCAUAGAAGUUUCCCUGUAGAAGUAAACCGUUGUAGAAACUCUGUUCCAGCUGGUUAAGUGCAUGAGGUUGCUCCAGAUUUGGACAUGGAAU